CAUCAGGAAGAAAGAAAAAAAAGGAGUUAUUAUGGCUUCUUCCUUCACACUCAUAUUAAAAAUUUGUGAUCGUUUGAGAAAACUUGAGGGAAUUUUCCUUAUUGGGGUCACCCGGCAGACAUGAUGAGCACCAAAGCCUUCACGUUGGUCUCUGCUGUGGAGCAGGAGCUGCUGGUAGGCGACAAGGAGCAGGGCCACAUAGAAUGUGUGGAGUGCUGUGGCAAGAACCUGUACGUGGGCACCAGUGACUGCAUCAUCUACCACUUCCUGCUGGAGGAGAGGGCGCUGCCCACGGGGACAGCCACAUUCUCUGCCACCAAGCAGCUGCACCGGCACCUGGGCUUCAGGAAGCCGGUGAGCGAGCUUCGAGCGGCCUCGGCCCUCAACAGGCUGCUGGUGCUCUGUGACAACUCCAUCACCCUGGUCAACAUGAUGAGCCUGGAGCCCGUCCCCUCGGGGGCUCGCAUCAAAGGGGCCAUGGCGUUGGCCUUGAACGAGAACCCCGUGAGCGGAGACCCGUUCUGCGUGGAAGUCUGCAUCAUCUCGGUCAAGCGCAGGACCGUCCAGGUGUUCCUGGUGUUCGAGGACCGGGUCCAGAUCGUCAGGGAGGUGUCGACGCCGGAGCAGCCCCUGGCCGUGGCUGUGGACGGCCACUUCCUGUGCCUGGCCCUGACCACCCAGUACAUCAUCCUGAACUACAACACGGGCGUCGCCCAGGACCUCUUUCCUUACUGCGGCGACGAGAAGCGGCCCAUCGUCAAGAGGAUCGGGAGACAGGAGUUCCUCCUGGCGGGCCCCGGGGGACUGGGCAUGUUUGCCACAGUGGCCGGCAUAUCUCAGCGAGCCCCCGUGCACUGGUCGGAGAAUGUGAUUGGGGCAGCCGUUUGCUUUCCGUACGUCAUAGCGCUGGAUAACGAAUUCAUCACGGUGCACAGCAUGUUGGAUCAGCAGCAAAAGCAGACCCUGCCCUUUAAGGAGGGACACAUUCUACAGGAUUUUGAAGGAAGAGUGAUUGUCGCCACCAGUAAAGGAGUUUACAUCUUGGUUCCGUUACCCCUGGAAAAGCAGAUACAGGACCUUCUAGCAAGCCGCAGAGUGGAAGAGGCUUUGGUUUUAGCAAAAGGAGCCCGGAGGAACAUUCCAAAAGAAAAAUUUCAGGUAAUGUACAGAAGGAUUCUGCAGCAGGCCGGGUUUAUUCAGUUUGCACAACUUCAGUUCCUGGAAGCUAAAGAGCUCUUCAGAAGCGGCCAGCUUGACGUCCGGGAGCUGAUCUCUCUCUACCCCUUCCUGUUGCCCACCUCCUCCUCAUUCACACGGUCCCACCCUCCUCUCCACGAGUACGCAGACCUGAACCAGCUGACCCAGGGGGACCAGGAGAAGAUGGCCAAGUGCAAGCGCUUCCUCAUGAGCUACCUGAAUGAAGUCCGCAGCACGGAGGUGGCAAACGGCUACAAAGAGGACAUCGACACAGCCUUGCUCAAGCUGUAUGCGGAGGCUGACCAUGACAGUCUGCUGGACCUCCUGGUCACCGAGAACUCCUGUCUGCUGACAGACAGCGCCGCCUGGCUCGAGAAGCACAAGAAGUAUUUUGCACUUGGACUGCUGUAUCAUUAUAAUAACCAAGAUGCCGCUGCAGUGCAGUUGUGGGUAAACAUUGUGAAUGGGGACAUUCACGACUCCACUCGCUCAGACCUGUACGAAUAUGUCGUUGAUUUCCUCACCUACAGCUUAGACCAGGAACUCGUGUGGAAGUACGUGGAUUGGGUCCUGCAGAAAAGCGAGGAGGUUGGAGUCCAAGUUUUCACCAGGAGACCUUUGGAUGAACAGCAGAACAGUUUUAAUCCAGACAAUAUUAUCACUUGCCUUAAGAAAUACCCUAAAGCCCUCAUUAAGUAUCUAGAGCAUCUGGUCAUCGACAGGAAACUGCAGAGGGAAGAGUACCACACGCGCCUGGCGCUCCUCUACCUGGACGAGGUGCUGCAGCAGCGGCCGGGCGCCAGCGGCACGGGCGCGGGAGCCACGGAGACGCAGGCCAAGCUGCGGCGCCUGCUCCAGAAGUCGGACUUGUACCGAGUCCACCUUCUUCUAGACAGAGUCCGGGGUGCCGGCCUCCCCAUGGAGAGCGCCAUUCUGCACGGGAAGCUGGAGGAGCACGAGGAGGCGCUGCGAAUCCUGGUGCAUGAGCUGCGGGACUUCUCCGCGGCCCAGGACUACUGCCUGUGGUGCUCCGAUGGCAGAGACCUGGCGUACCGGCAGCGGCUCUUCCAUAUGCUGCUGGCCAUGUACCUCCAGCCCAGCCCCGCGGUGCCCGAGCUGACUGUGGCCGCCACGGACCUCCUGAACCACCACGCGGCUGAAUUCGACGCUGCGAGGGUCCUGCAGCUGCUGCCGGGCAGCUGGUCGGUGCAGCUCCUGCGCCCGUUCCUGACUGGGGCCGUCAGGGACAGCGUGCACACUCGGAGGACCGCUCAGGUGGCCCUCGGCCUGGCCAAGUCUGAAAACCUGAUCUACAAGUACGACAAGAUGAAGUUGAAAGGAAGCUCAGUUCGGCUUUCGGACAAAAAGCUCUGCCAGAUGUGCCAAAAUCCCUUUUGUGAGCCUGUGUUUGUUAGGUAUCCAAAUGGUGGUCUUGUCCAUACCCACUGUGCUGCCAGCAGACACACAAAUGCCAGCCCCCCCGGCCCAGGUGCACGGACUUGAAGAGGCCCUCCCGAGGGCGUGUGGAGGACCCUGAGUUCCUUACCAAGCCUGCUGGGUGCAGGGAGCGGCCGCCGCUGCUCCCGUGUCAGCCAAGACGAAGGGGUGAUAUCUGGGUGCUGGGGAGACUUCAGACAGUGUGAUCCAGGGGCUCUUCAACUGCUGACCACUCUACACCGAAUGUAAAUGGAAAACCCCGAAAAUGGAGACACUUGAGGGUUCGCCCCUCCUGGUACUUUGUGAUCCAAAACAAAUGCCUACUUUGCAAGGAAAAUGAGCCUUCUCUCUGCCACGUGGACAUCCUGGACCUCCCACCCUGGCGCCCUUGUCUUCAGACGUGCGUUUGCACUGGAAACGCGCUUCUGGGUGGCACAGGCUCGCUUGGUAGCACCGUCGCAGGCAGGGGCUUGCGGGGGCGGGGGGUGCUGUCUCUUUCCAGGAUUACCUCGUGGGCUCUGCCUUUGCCCUUCACUGACCUUGGGGAAAUCUUUUUGUUCUUUCCUACUUCCCCUGUGGCUCUCAACCCCUAAAGGAUUCUGCCUUGUUUACCCGAGCACCCCUUUCGGGGAAAUGUGUAUGCUUGGCUGCCUCGCCAGGGAGGACUUGCUGGAAAGCAGUGAGGCCCCAUGAGAGAAGCCACUCACCCCAUCUAUAAGAGGACGCGGACGGGAGACCCAUGACAGGUGAGAGCCCAGGUGUCCGGCCCUGUACUGUCACAACACCUGCCGAUUUGAAACUCCACAAUUGACAUGUUUGACGAAACAUUUUUAUUUGAAGUUGUCAUCUCUGCAGUUUUUCUCUUGUUUAAAAAUUCAUUCAUCAUACUCAUUAGGGACAUUUUGUUGUUAAAAUGUACCUCCUACUGAAACACUCGGGAAAUUAAAAGGGAAGUGUUCUGAGCACAAGUCGAGCAGAAUUUUGGAAGAGGCUGGUUUAACCGCACACCCUCUGCAGGCCGGCAGCAGCCACAGCUGCCUUUGCCCGUGACCGAGAUGUCGUCUUUCCUGCCUGGUGCUUCUGCACAUGAUGAGGAAGUCCCGUCAGGCCGCCUUACCUCCCAGCACUUUACACGCCUGCUCUGAGGUCUCCUGCACUCACAGGAGACAUCCCUCUUGUUCACAGACUCAUCAUUUCGUGUCUCUGCCGAGCAUCGCGGAGAGCGCCGAAGCUGUCCUUCCUUCACUGCCCUGAUUUGAAUUUCAUCGUUGGGAUAAAUGAUUCUAUUACGAACUAACACUAGACACUACCCCCUGCCAUAACGCCUGGAAAACAAGCAUCAGCUUGUGUGUGUCACAGGAGAGGACCCUGGAAUACAGCCUCUCCCCGUCAGCCCGAGCCUUCCAGAGCAGCGGUGAGGAUCUCGUUGUCCGUGGUCUCAACAGAGCUCUCCUGGACUGACGGGCAGUGCUCUUCGUCUUUAUGUGAUUCUGAGUGGCCCCAGAACGCAAAGGCACCCCCGCAUUCUUCCCUGUGUCUCGACCUAAAGAAUAAAAGAAGAAAUUCUUGUAGCUCGACCACAUUCUGCGUACGAGGAGGAAGCCCUAGCCCGGUUAUGAGUGUGACAGUUUGGCCCUGUGGAUGACUGUUCCCGGAGUGGUCAUAUUACGGUGCUCGUUAUGGUCACACCUCGUGAGCUUGUGUUUAUUCCUCCUAGCAUGUGUAGUGUCACGCUUCCAAAAGCACUGUCACCGGACACAAAAUGGGUAAAGUCUUGGGAGCACCUUGGGGUUGCUCAUUCCUAACCUGGAGGACACUAGUCUCCGCUCUCUCCGAACCUUGGUCAGUUUUUUGAAACAUUUCCCAUCCUUUAGAAUGUCGAUAAUUAAAGCUCAGUGGUCUCCUGUGUUCAGAACCAGACUCACUCUCCUCCAUUUCUGAUGCCCUCAGGCCCCUUUUGCAAAUCAGAUUUUUAAAAGAAACACAUAGUUCUUUCUAAAGGCCUGCUGUUUUGUGACUGUGCCGUAGAAUAGAACAGUUAGAACAAUGCUCAGCCCUUUUCUCCCCUCCUUAGGUUCUGCGUAACCAUUCUAGUUAAAACAGCACGAACCGAACCCAGUUGGCGUUAAUAUUCGAGGGACAGUGCUGUUGGGUUUUCUGAAUGGUUUCUCUGCCUUUGCCCCACAGGUAUUAAUGUGGGGGGGGGUUGUGGCCGGUAAGGCGUGGAUGGAGCAUUGGGCCCGAGCUCAGAGCAGGAAGGCUCCUGUCUGUGAGCUCGCUGAAGGCACUUGCUUAUGUCAGGAGUGCAGAGAAGUCAGGAGGCCAGGGGGUGGCACCACCAAACCCGUGCCCGUCUUUUCUCGCUCGCUCUCCUAUGGAAAUCUUGGUCCUUGCAACUUUAUCCUUCACCCCUGGUCAGGUCCCACAUACACAAGAUGUACAAAUGUAAACUUGUUGAUUUUAUUAAAAUUCUUUUAAUUCUUUGUUC